AUGUAUAGACCGACCUCGAGACAUGAAUGGUGGCUGUGUGUCGUGUUGUUCACGCAGGCUAUCUUGACCAUUACCCUUGAGAUCUAUAUACUCGUGGAAUGGCAGCUAUGGGUUACUUCCACCAUCACCCAGGUCCCAGUUUCCUACAUGAUCCCAAUCAAUCUAGGCAUUUUAAUAUUCGCCUGUGUCUACGAGUUCAUCCUUGCGGUGGAUGCGAUCCAUAACAAGAACAAUGUUCUCCUCUUUUCAAUCUGCAUUUGCAACAUUUGCAGCUUUGUGUACUCUGUUAUGCAGUACAUAUCGGUGAAAGACACCACUAUGAGACUGUUUGACAAUCGUUACGGGUCUCCAACAUUGAUAGAUACCACUCGCAACCUUUGGCCCCAGAUUCGGCCAGCGGAGAUCCUAGUGGCAGUUAUUACGGGACUGGGCAGUUUGCUUGUAUGCUCAUUUGUAUACCUUCUGCACAGGGAGUAUUCAUGGGUCAUCUAUAAGUCUGUCCAGGGCAGCUCGAAAACACGAAGGCGUUAUCUGUUCUACGAGAUCUUUCUGGUCCUGAUAAAACUCCUCUUUUACUUUCUGUUGGGUUUCAUCAUCCAAUACAAUCUGGUGUAUGUCCACUUUAAGGAACCGGAGUAUACUCUCACAAUGCUCCUCAUUCCGGUCGCUUUCAUUGUUAUGCUACUUGGUAUUUGGGCUGUCCAACACGAACGAGCUGUUGUCGUAGUUGCUAUUAUUAUAUGCUACCUCGGUCUUCUCUCAUAUCUCAUCAGCCGCAUCAUCAUUCUCCGUGGGGCUCUCACCGCUGGGAAGGACAUGAUGUUGUUCUUCGCAUCGGUAUGUGUGAUGCUGACUGUUGCAGCGAUAUUCUGCACCAUUGUUUGCAUCAAAAACUUCGACCGAGGCUUCAAAGUUAUCAACCGAUCGAAGAACGGCCAUGCACUAGAGUCCUAUUCCAUACCCGGAAAUUCCAUAACAGAGCCGUCUCGUUCAUUUUCGCGUCCUUCUUCGCGGCCCACGCUUGAUUAA